CGUCUGUCUGCUGGCUCGCUGCCAUACGCAUAGUGUUGCUCAGCUGCAUUCCGUUACCUACUUUUAUAGAUUCUCAUCUGGUGCACCAGCUGGAACGUUACGUACUUACAUUUCAUUCAACAGCUGUUGACGACUAGUCGUUCUUACUUUACGGUCAAACUGAAGUGGCUGCACGGCAUAUUCAGUACCGCCAGCAUGUCUCUGAAAGCUUAUAAAGCAGGCAUGCCAUGCCCCCCUCUAGUACCGGGAAAGCUCCGCAUCUACAGCAUGCGCUUCUGCCCAUUCUGUCACAGGGCCCUCCUCGUGAUUCAUGCGAAGAAUAUCGACCAUGAAGUUGUUAAUAUCAACCUCAAGGACAAGCCUGAAUGGCAUUUCAAGUUAAAUCCUGCCGGCAAGGUUCCAAUACUCCAGCAAGAUGACAAGUUAAUCUGUGAAUCGCUGAUUGUGUCCGAGUAUUUGGACGAUGCCUAUGGAAAGGCAAAGCUUCUGCCAGCUGACCCCUAUCUGAAAGCGAGGGAGAAGAUGUUUAUUGAAAUUGGCUCUGCGGCUUUGAUGCCAGUGCUGAAGAUACACCACAACAAGGACAACAGAGUUGAGCUGUGGAAAGAGUUCAAGGAAAAGGUACGCGCUUAUGAAGAGGAACUGUCUGCCAGAAAGACUCUCUACAUUUCUGGUGACAAACCUGGCUUUGCGGACUACAUGGUUUGGCCUUUCUUCCCUCGAGUGCAAGCAUUCGCAACCAUCUUUCCUGAGCUGAAGCCUCCAACGGCUGAAGAGUUCCCUUGUCUUCAUAAGUGGAUCGAAGCUAUGAAGAAAGACAAGGCAGUUGCGGCCACUUUGAACGAACAGCACCUGCUGGAGCAUACCAAGAGUGUGCUUGACAAUAAUGUAAAUUAUGAUGUAGGCCUGUGAUUACACAAGUGACUAAGUAUGGUGAUGUUAACGGUAUAGGGUACCACCUCGCCAUAUAAUGGCACUUUUCUUGCUAUUUAUGCUAUUAUGUUUUUUAUGCUGUUAUGUUAUUUAUUCUUUUACAGGAUGUCUCAGCUAUCAUGCGCAGUUUUACAGGAACAUGGAUCAUUCUAUAAGAAUAAAACCAAGUGUGUGUUAUUUAGAGCCUUGUUGAGAGACCGCCAGUGAUAUCUUUAUCGACAACAUUUAAUAAUUCAUUAAAAGUAACGAUUUGACUUUUUAAUUCUUGUUCUAAUUGUCAAGAUCUCAAUUAGGGGGUUGUAGAUAAUCAUAGCACACCACACGUUGAAUUAAGGUGUAUCCAACAAGGUGCACAUCUCAUUUUUACUUUUAGCAGCAAAUAAAGCAAGCCCGAUAAAUAUGAAAUAUACCAUGUGACAGUGAACCUGUGCACAUGGAAUAGCAGUGCUAUCAGUCACUGUGGGAUAGCAAGCUUUUCAACUCGGGCUCGCUGCUCAAGGCAGCGCAUUUCCUUUAUCUUGAUAUGCAGUAAUUACAAGGAAUUGUUUGCGUGUUGUGGAACGAACAUGUGUGCUGUUAUUGCUGCUGCUCGGCCCAGUAACAGAUGAACAGCUCGCUUUGCCACUGAGACUGUUUGAUGGCGCUGCUGUUCUGUACAUAUGGGUGCAUGGUCACACGCUAUCUUUCAUAUUUCAUGGGCUUUUCUUGCUUGCCGGAAAAAAGUAAACAUGCAACGUGACUUUCCUAGAAAAAUCUCACCUUGACUUCCCUUAUGACUCUCUACAACCGCCUAAUAAGACAUCUCGAAAGUUAGAAUGACUAUUAAAAAGUUAGAUAAUUACUUUUAAUUAAAUAAUUGGAUGUCAGGGGCUAGAACAUUACUUGUAGUUUCUCAAUGAGACUCUAUAUAACGUGCACUUGGUCUUAAUCACGUAGAAUGAUCCCUGUUUUUAAAAACUUGAUUCAUUAUAGCUGGGACGCACUGUAUACACUAAGGGUUAUGGCUAGCAUAGUCAAAGUAUGCAUCUUUGGUGUUCUUAACAUGCUUAUAUCUUCGCUUCCAUUUUUGUGUGCGCAUGGAUCAAGUAAAGCUUUUGUUCUGCGUAUGGCUCUUGUACGGCAUAGAUGCCUGUAUUUCGCACGAACCACCAGCUGUGGCUAUGUAUAGAGGCUAUUUUUAUAACCUGUUCGGCCGGCACCCAUGGCAUGUCAAAUUUGUGGUUUCUCACCACUGAUGCUUAGCUAAACUUUUUGCCAAGAAGAAUGAGUAUUUCAAGGAAGCUUUAUUGCUUCUCCUGUAGGUCCAUUUAUGGCCAGGAACAAACAUUUUACAUAAAUAAUUCUGUUCGUUUGUCCUGGUUGAAUUAGGCACAGUGACUACCACAAUUGUUUCAUGUUGAUGUUUGAGAGGUGGUGAGCUACAGGAGAAUGUUGCUUCUAUAUGAGGCCUUUUCAUGAGGCCGUUUCAGAAGCCAUGGUUGCUGCCACUCUUGCUCUUUUAUUACUGAACUUGCUAUGAUAUGUGGAGCACUUGACCAUGAGAACUUGAAGUUGAAACUGCUUAGUAAAGAAGUAUUGCUAAACCCUUAUUAAGGUUAAGGUUAUGAAGGUUAAGACCUUCAACAUCAUGUACUAUGAUUAGUAAAGACAUCUUUAGUAUAAGCAAAAAAAAUUGAAAUUUUUGUCCAUCUAAUCUGUUCUCCCUAAAAUGUCAUUGUUGUACUGUAACUAUAGCAACCAUAGCAACCGCUGUCUUCCGAAAAUUGUUGCAUGCUAUGUGACAAGGCAGUUAGCAUUAUCCCUACAAUGUGCUGUGGCAUUCGAAGCUGUAUGUUUUAUAGCCCUGUAGUGCAUGUUCAAGUAAAUAAACUAUUUGUCAAAAA